ACAAAUACUGAAAUAAUCAUUUUUACGGAACUUAUAGCUUUUUGUUUAAGAAAGAUUCGAUGGGAGAGUGUGACCUAGUUUCCCAGAAAUCGAGUUUAGCGUCGAACGAAAAGUUCAUCAACAGACCACAAACAUGAGUGUUCUUCUAGUCCUGUCCAUAGUCAUUUUCAUCAGUUGUUUUCCAGCAGCUGAUGCAUUUGGAGUGGAACUGGAAUGUCCGGACUUCUUUCGCAACGGGGAGAACACUGUUACCUGCAGAAUCAAUAAAACAGCAAUCAGAGAAGCACAUUGUUUCUCAAUGUACAAAUCAGUAACUUUUGACUGGACCCUAAAUGACCGCACAACAGUUGCAUGUCUGUCUCCAGAUUAUGAUCCAGAUGCACAGUGCACUACUCAGAAUGACCCAGGGAGUUGCAGGUGUCAGGAGUCAAAUGGAGAGAUUCUCACCUAUAAAUUUUUUUUCCUGGCUAACAGGACACUGGAUGAAGGGGGACAACUUGAGUGUAAACUCUGCAUUUUGCCAGAAAAUCCUCUGCCUAUUAAUAUUAGUAGGGGCUGUCGAAAUAUCAGCUUUGCUGAUGACUCAGAUACACCCAGAGGUGAUCAGUCUAACAUUGCAGCUGUAAUUGCUGCAGUUGUAAGUGUGGCCAUUAUUGUCCUCGUUAUCGUCAUCAUCUUUGUCAUUACAAGAAAAAAGCAUCAUUGUCAACUGCCGUGCAGGAAGAAAGGGAAAGAUAACAAAGGGCAUGGAGACAUAUCUCACAAGGGAGAGAACGGCUUCACAGGUCAACAGACAGGCUUGUUGGAUACUACGGAGAACAUACAGAUGACCACGAAUGAGGACUUGCAUGCAAACAAACAACACGAAAAAUGCUUAAAUGGCAAUGCUAAGAACAUAGACCAUUAAACAGCAUCCAUAGGGAUAAGUAGCCGCUGAAUAAAUGUAAUUUCUGGUUACUUUGAGAGGUAAUAUGAAAAAUAGGCCCAACUAAUACUAUAUUCCAUAUUAUAUUUUACCAUAAACUCUGUAUAGACUUGAUACUAAAAAAGAAAUGCAGUAAUCAAAAGCAGUGUAACAGUUUUUAUUAUAAAAAAACAGCUGUGUGAAUGCAGCUAUGGAGUUUGAGAUGCCAGUCAAUAUACUUGUCAACUUAAACUUCACCAAUGGAAUUCUUUUAACUCCAAGUAACUAUGAAUAAAGCAAACAUUUAAAACUGUUACAGAAAGAGUAGAGAGUGUCCUGGAAGGCAUUGCACCAGGUAGUGAUGAUUUAGGUAGGACAGGAUCAGGAGAAGUUGAUCGCUCGUUUAUGAUUUUGGAUCAUUUAAAGUUUUUAAUUAUUAUUUCUUUAAUUUUAUUUUAUCAUUUUACUGCCUAGGUCUGAUUAACUGAGAGAUUAUAUUUGGUAUGCUGGAAAAACACAUUUGAACACGAGCUGUAAAUUAGUAGUCGAAGUUCACUUGAAAAGAAUGUCAUAAAACUUCAUUAGCUUGUUAUACACGCAUUGAACUGUUACCAAAUAUGGGGAGCCAUUGAGGUCACUAAAUAAAAUAUUAUUUGGUCAUAAUGUGUAAAAAUGGGAUAUAUGUCUAAGCCGCUAUUUUGUGACAUAAGUAAAUAAUAAUAUCCUGUUUAUGCAUGUGGCUGUAAAGAUAUGGAAUAUGUGUGCAGUUUAUUAGAAGUUCUCUUUGGGGGGCAUUUACCUUAGGUCUUCUUUGUUGGAAUUUCUAGAUUUUCUUUUAAAAUUUAUCCUUUUAUAUAUGUACUUGGAUUAGUAUAUUGUCAUACUUUCUUUAUCUGCAACUGACAGUGCUUUCAUUCACCUUCACUGUGUACAAGUUUGAGGCCGCUUUUAGGUAACCUGCAUGUUGUUGAUCUGUGCUUACAUUCUGACAUGACUGAAUUACUAAAUACUAAGAAUGUGUUCCCGACCUUAUCCGCGAUGCCAACAUAUUGUAUCAUUUUAUUGUGUCUACAUGUAUUGUUGGUGGACUUGAAUCUUAGGUGUUCAUAAGACUUUUGUAUGUGCAGUGAAAUUAUGUUUUUGUUUAUAUACACAUUAAAUCGAUCAUGGUUGACAUGCGUUUUUAAUAUUUAAAACGCACAGAAUCACUGUAUUGACAAAAAGUUAUAAUAAUAGCCUAGAAAGGCGUUGACUUUACAAAGAAAUAGUCAGAAAAGACAGCAUCUUGGAAGAAAGAACAAUUUUUUUUAACAAGGUAAAAGAAUGUGCAGAGCGAACGCAGGAAAGUGAAUCCUACGUAAAACGCCUUUUCAGAUGUAUUAUAGAAGUGUCAGCCAUGUCUACCCGCUACGUAGCUGAAAAUGGCUAAAGAACCCGGAUGAACGCGCUUGAGACAUGUCGCAGCAAAGCUAGAUCUGUUUUUAUUAUCACUUUUUAUGUCUAUGUUUUCAUUUACCGUACAUUUUGGUCUAUUAAGCGUCCCUGCAUAUAAGCCGCACCCACUUGUUUUUAAAUCUCCACUUUUUUUUCACAAAUAAGCCGCAAGUAUAUACAACGAGAAAGCUGCAUCGUAGACAUUUCGUCUCGCGUUCGGCAUGAUGAGGGUGUGCUUCAGUCACUGAUCUGAAUACUUCAGUUGUAUGCGGCUUUGAUUUUAAAAUGUGAACAGUUAACGCUGUAACAACGUUAACAGUUUGUCCGCAAACAAUCCCCAUCGCUGUUUAAGCUUCAGGGUUUAAAGCUGGGGAAAAGAAGUCGGCUUAUAUAGUCGGACAUUUCUGGUAUUGUUUUUCAUUUUCAUUGGAGUAUAUUAAGCUUUUGCGUGGGGAUCAUCGCAUUGUUCAAAACUAAGUUAGAUGAUGUACAGCAAACCAUUAUUAAUUUUUUUUUAAAGUUUUACAUGAAAGUAAUCAAGAAGUUUAACCAGUUGCUUGGUCGACUACAUUGGCAAUCAGUUGUUCUCAUUCGUUGCUUACAUCUAAGAUGGAUGCCAUCACGAACUUGUAUCCCUGUUCAUGAUGCCAUGUUCUGUUUGAUAACAUACAACUGUAGAGAGAUAAUAAACCUGUUACCUAACAUUGCCAGCCAAGUACUAUAGUCUCGAUUAUUGUAUAACAAGAAUUUUGCAUUGCAAUAUCUGUUGUACAUAUUUUUAGCCGAAUGUGCGUGUACACAAGAUUUGUGUACUUAAUUCAUAUUUCCCGUUCUUUGACUUUGUUGUCUUAGUGGCUGUAUUUUGUGUAUUGUAGUGAACCAUUGUGAAGUAGCGUUCGUAGUAUAGUUUUCUUGUGUUUUUAUUAUUCAUUUGUUCACGCAGAUUCAGCCUACUUGGUUGUAAUGCUGCGCGCGAUAUAAAUGCUUAGUUGCUUUUAAUACAUUGAAACUUGAAAACAUGUGACAAUGAAUUUUAUGUAAUAAAUGCAAUAAAAAUAACUGAAUUAACA